AUGUGGGUUUGGUCGUCUCGGUGAUCACGAGCUGCUGGCGGCGAGAGGGACCGCACGCCGGCCUCGGCAGCCGGCGGCCAAAGCGGCCGCACCGGGGACGGAAGGACAGACCGACGUCGCCGAGCUGGAACCAUGUGAGGGCCAAGCGGCGAAGGUGGAGUUCGCCGAGCUCGGAGGCUCUGUCUCCCGGUCCUCGGCCGGCUCAGGAUGGAACAGCGCAGGCCCUGGCCGCGGGCCGCGGAGGUGGACGGCUGGCCUGUGGUCCUGCUGUCCGCGGUCUGCGUGCUGCUGGCCCCGCGGGCGGCCGGCCUGCCCCAGUUCAGCACCUUCCACUCGGAGAACCGGGACUGGACCUUCAACCACCUGACGGUGCACCGCGGCACCGGGGCCGUGUACGUCGGCGCCAUCAACCGCGUGUACAAGCUGACGGGCAACCUGACCAUCCAGGUGGCCCACAAGACGGGGCCGGAGGAGGACAACAAGUCCUGCUACCCGCCGCUCAUCGUGCAGCCCUGCAGCGAGGUGCUCACGCUCACCAACAACGUCAACAAGCUGCUCAUCAUCGACUACUCCGAGAACCGGCUGCUGGCCUGCGGCAGCCUCUACCAGGGCGUCUGCAAGCUGCUGCGCCUGGACGACCUCUUCAUCCUGGUGGAGCCGUCCCACAAGAAGGAGCACUACCUGUCCAGCGUCAACAAGACGGGCACCAUGUACGGGGUGAUCGUGCGCUCCGACGGCGAGGACGGCAAGCUCUUCAUCGGCAGCGUGGACGGCAAGCAGGACUACUUCCCCACCCUGUCCAGCCGCAAGCUGCCCCGGGACCCCGAGUCCUCCGCCAUGCUCGACUACGAGCUCCACAGCGACUUCGUGUCCUCGCUCAUCAAGAUCCCCUCGGACACGCUGGCCCUGGUCGCCCACUUCGACAUCUUCUACAUCUACGGCUUCGCCAGCGGGGGCUUCGUCUACUUCCUCACGGUGCAGCCCGAGACCCCCGAGGGCGUGGCCAUCAACUCGGCCGGGGACCUCUUCUACACCUCGCGCAUCGUGCGCCUCUGCAAGAACGACCCCAAGUUCCACUCCUACGUGUCCCUGCCCUUCGGCUGCACGCGCGCCGGCGUGGAAUACCGCCUCCUGCAGGCCGCCUACCUCGCCAACCCGGACGCCCUGGCCCAGGCCUUCAACAUCAGCAGCCAGGACGACGUGCUGUUCGCCCUCUUCUCCAAAGGGCAGAAGCUACCACCACCCGCCGAUGACUCUGCCCUCUGUGCCUUCCCCAUCCGGGCCAUCAACUCGCAGAUCAAGGAGCGCCUGCAGUCCUGCUACCAGGGCGAGGGCAACCUGGAGCUCAACUGGCUGCUGGGGAAAGACGUGCAGUGCACCAAGGCGCCGGUCCCCAUCGAUGACAACUUCUGCGGACUGGACAUCAACCAGCCACUCGGAGGCUCCACUCCCGUGGAAGGCCUGACCCUAUACACCACCAGCCGGGACCGCCUCACCUCCGUGGCCUCCUACGUUUACAAUGGCUACAGCGUGGUCUUUGUGGGGACGAAGAGCGGCAAGCUGAAAAAGAUUCGAGCCGAUGGUCCCCCCCAUGGCGGGGUCCAAUACGAGGUGGUCUCCGUGCUCAAAGAUGGGAGCCCCAUUCUCCGGGACAUGGCCUUCUCCAUCGAUCAGCGCUACCUGUACAUCAUGUCUGAGAGACAGAUCACCAGGGUCCCCGUGGAGUCCUGUGAGCAGUACACCACAUGCGGGGAGUGCCUGAGCUCGGGGGACCCUCACUGUGGCUGGUGUGCCCUGCACAACAUGUGCUCCCGCAGGGACACGUGCCAGCGGGCCUGGGAGCCAAACCGAUUUGCCGCCAGCAUCAGCCAGUGCAUGAGCCUCGAGGUGCACCCCAGCAGCAUCUCGGUGUCUGAGCCCAGCCGGCAGCUCAGCCUGGUUGUAAGCGACGCCCCCGAUCUGUCUGCGGGUAUCUCCUGUGCCUUUGGGAACCUGACGGAGGUGGAGGGACAGGUGUCCGGGAGCCAGGUCAUUUGCGUCUCGCCGGGGCCCAAGGACGUCCCUGUCGUCCCUCUGGAUCAAGACUGGUUCGGUCUAGAGCUGCAGCUGAGAUCCAAGGAGACAGGAAAGAUAUUUGUCAGCACCGAGUUCAAGUUCUACAACUGCAGUGCCCACCAACUGUGCCUGUCUUGUGUCAACAGCUCCUUCCGCUGCCAUUGGUGCAAAUACCGAAACCUCUGCACUCAUGACCCCACCACCUGCUCCUUCCAGGAGGGCCGGAUCAAUGUUUCAGAGGACUGUCCCCAGCUGAUACCCACGGACGAGGUCCUGAUACCAGUGGGGGAAGUGAAGCCCAUCACCCUCAAGGCUCGAAACUUGCCGCAGCCUCAGUCGGGCCAGCGAGGCUACGAGUGCGUCCUCAACAUCCAGGGGGCCGUCCACCGGGUCCCUGCCCUGCGUUUCAACAGCUCCAGCGUCCAGUGCCAGAACAGCUCGUACCAGUAUGACGGGAUGGACAUCAGCAACCUGGCCGUGGACUUCGCGGUGGUGUGGAAUGGCAAUUUCAUCAUCGACAACCCUCAGGACCUGAAAGUUCAUCUCUACAAGUGCGCGGCCCAGCGGGAGAGCUGCGGCCUCUGCCUGAAGGCUGACCGCAAGUUUGAGUGUGGCUGGUGCAGCGACGAGCGCAGGUGCACCCUCCAGCAGCACUGUAGCAGCGCCUCCAGCCCCUGGCUUGACUGGUCCAGCCACAACGUGAAGUGCUCCAAUCCCCAGAUCACUGAGAUUUUGACGGUGUCCGGACCUCCUGAAGGCGGGACUCGAGUGACCAUCCACGGUGUGAACCUGGGGCUGGACUUCUCCGAGAUCGCCCACCACGUGCAGGUGGCUGGUGUGCCCUGCACGCCCCUGCCGGGGGAUUACAUCAUCGCCGAGCAGAUCGUCUGCGAGAUGGGCCACGCCCUUGUGGGAACCACCUCUGGGCCGGUGCGCCUGUGCAUCGACGAGUGUAAGCCCGAGUUCAUGGCCAAGUCCCAUCAGCAGUACACCUUCGUGAACCCUUCUGUGCUGUCACUCAACCCCAUCCGAGGGCCGGAGUCCGGAGGAACCAUGGUGACCAUCACAGGCCAUUACCUCGGGGCUGGGAGCAGCGUGGCCGUUUACCUGGGCAACCAGACCUGCGAGUUCUAUGGGCGGUCGAUGAAUGAGAUCGUGUGUGUCUCACCCCCGUCGUCCAACGGGCUGGGGCCCGUUCCCGUUGCCGUGAGCGUCGACCGAGCCCGCGUGCACAACAACCUGCAGUUCGAGUACAUAGACGACCCCCGCGUGCAGCGCGUGGAGCCCGAGUGGAGCAUUGCCAGCGGCCACACCCCCCUGACCGUCACGGGCUUCAACCUGGAUGUCAUUCAGGAGCCACGGAUCCGAGUCAAGUUUAAUGGCAAAGAAUCUGUCAAUGUGUGUGAAGUUGUCAACACCACCACCCUGACCUGCCUGGCACCCUCCCUGACCACGGACUACCGGCCCGGCCUGGACACCGUGGAGCGGCCGGACGAGUUUGGGUUCGUCUUUAACAACGUCCAGUCCCUGCUGAUUUACAACGACACCAAGUUCAUCUACUACCCCAACCCCACCUUCGAGCUGCUCAGCCCGACCGGUGUCUUGGAUCAAAAGCCAGGAUCCCCCAUCAUUCUGAAGGGCAAAAACCUCUGCCCUCCUGCCUCUGGAGGAGCCAAACUCAACUACACGGUGCUGAUUGGAGAGACCCCGUGUGCCGUCACCGUGUCUGAGACGCAGCUCCUCUGCGAGCCUCCCAACCUCACCGGGCAGCACAAGGUCAUGGUGCACGUGGGCGGGAUGGUGUUCUCGCCCGGCUCGGUGAGCGUCGUCUCGGACAGCUUGCUGACCCUGCCGGCCAUCGUCAGCAUCGCGGCGGGCGGCAGCCUCCUGCUGGUCAUCGUCGUCAUCGUGCUCAUCGCCUACAAGCGCAAGUCUCGCGAGAACGACCUCACCCUCAAGCGGCUGCAGAUGCAGAUGGACAACCUGGAGUCCCGCGUGGCCCUGGAGUGCAAGGAAGCUUUUGCCGAGCUCCAGACAGACAUCAACGAGCUGACCAGUGACCUGGACCGCUCUGGAAUCCCCUACCUGGACUACCGGACCUACGCCAUGCGGGUCCUGUUCCCCGGCAUCGAGGACCACCCCGUCCUGCGUGAGCUGGAGGUGCAGGGCAACGGGCAGCAGCACGUGGAGAAGGCCCUGAAGCUCUUCGCGCAGCUCAUCAACAACAAGGUCUUCCUGCUGACCUUCAUCCGCACGCUGGAGCUGCAGCGCAGCUUCUCCAUGCGCGACCGCGGCAACGUGGCCUCGCUCAUCAUGACCGGCCUGCAGGGCCGCCUGGAGUACGCCACCGAUGUCCUCAAGCAGCUGCUCUCCGACCUCAUCGACAGGAACCUGGAGAACAAGAACCACCCCAAGCUGCUCCUCCGGAGGACAGAGUCUGUGGCCGAGAAGAUGCUGACCAAUUGGUUUGCCUUCCUCCUGCACAAGUUCCUGAAGGAGUGCGCGGGGGAGCCGCUCUUCAUGCUCUACUGCGCCAUCAAGCAGCAGAUGGAGAAGGGCCCCAUCGACGCCAUCACGGGCGAGGCCCGCUACUCCCUGAGCGAGGACAAGCUCAUCCGGCAGCAGAUCGAGUACAAGACCCUGAUCCUGAACUGUGUCAACCCUGACAACGAGAACAGUCCGGAGAUCCCGGUGAAGGCCUUAAACUGUGACACCAUCACGCAGGUCAAGGAGAAGAUCCUGGACGCCGUCUACAAGAACGUGCCCUACUCCCAGCGGCCCAGGGCGGUGGACAUGGACCUGGAGUGGCGUCAAGGCCGGAUCGCCCGGGUCGUGCUGCAGGACGAGGACAUCACCACUAAGAUCGAGGGCGACUGGAAGCGGCUCAACACGCUGAUGCACUACCAGGUGUCGGACAGAUCGGUGGUGGCUCUGGUCCCCAAGCAGACCUCCUCCUACAACAUCCCUGCCUCCGCCAGCAUCUCCCGGACGUCCAUCAGCAGAUACGACUCCUCCUUCAGGUACACAGGCAGUCCUGACAGCCUGCGGUCUCGGGCCCCCAUGAUCACGCCAGACCUGGAGAGCGGGGUCAAGGUGUGGCAUCUGGUGAAGAACCAUGACCACGGGGACCAGAAGGAGGGUGACCGGGGCAGCAAGAUGGUGUCCGAGAUCUACCUGACCCGGCUCCUGGCCACCAAGGGCACCCUGCAGAAGUUUGUGGAUGACCUGUUCGAGACCUUGUUCAGCACUGUGCACCGGGGCAGCGCGCUCCCCCUGGCCAUCAAGUACAUGUUUGAUUUCCUGGAUGAGCAGGCAGACAGACACAGCAUCCACGACACAGAUGUGCGGCACACCUGGAAGAGCAACUGCCUCCCCCUGCGCUUCUGGGUGAACGUGAUCAAGAACCCGCAGUUCGUGUUCGACAUCCACAAGGGCAGCAUCACGGACGCCUGCCUCUCGGUGGUGGCCCAGACCUUCAUGGACUCCUGCUCGACCUCGGAGCACCGGCUGGGCAAGGACUCGCCCUCCAACAAGCUGCUCUACGCCAAGGACAUCCCCAGCUACAAGAGCUGGGUGGAGAGAUACUACGCAGACAUCGCCAAGCUCCCCGCCAUCAGCGACCAGGACAUGAACGCCUACCUCGCGGAGCAGUCCCGCCUGCACGCCGUGGACUUCAACAUGCUCAGCGCCCUCAGCGAGAUCUACUCCUACGUCAGCAAGUACAGCGAAGAGCUCAUCGGGGCCCUAGAGCAGGACGAGCAGGCCCGGCGACAGCGGCUGGCGUACAAGGUGGAACAGCUCAUAAAUGCCAUGUCCAUCGAGAGCUGAGAGAUGGGGAAAGGGGACCCGUGAGAGCUGUCAUACUGGGCGUCUCAGAAGGAAGGACCCUGAAGAGGAUCAGCCCCAGAGCUUGCUGUCCCCGAGACCCCGUCCCCGGGGACAGGGGAGGGCCCCUCUCCCCACGCCAGCCAAGUUUCGUCACAGCCGGUCCUGCAGGGAGAGACGGCAGGUGCCCUCCACCCACGGAGAGCACAGGCGGGACGUGGGGCCCAGAGAAGCCGGUUCUUCAAGCUGAGAGGCACGAGCUGGGCAUGGUUCUGCCUCUGUGACUGCUGCUUUGCAUGAAAACUCAUUCGAUGUAUAUUGGGGAAAUAAUGAGAACUUUAUUUAAUUUUUUUUAAGAAAAAGGAAAACCAGAAAUAAAACAAACAAAAAGCCUCCCUGUCAAUCCCGUCCAACUUUCGUUUAAUUCUGAUUUCUGUGCCCUUCCUUCUUCCACACCCCCACUUCCUCGUAUAACUUGUUUCCCGGCACCAGAAAAAGCCUGCAGAGAGAAGGUGGAGGGGAAAUGAUUGUUUCCUUGCCCUUAAAAUUAAAGAAAAAGAAAGAAAAGAAAAGAAAGCGAGGAGGAGAAGAAUGAGCACAAGUUGGCACCAAACACUUUGCCAAAAGAGAGGCCAGGGACACCUGGGAUCCCCCUGGCAGCCAGAAGAGGUAGGAGAGGAUGGGACCUCGCCCAGUGGCACCGCCCCGGAGCGGCUCGGCCUGGCUGAGCGGAAGCCGAACUGGACCCGCGGCCUCCGUACAUUCGCAUCCCCAGAGGACAUGUGUGUCUGUAAAGGACCAAUGCUUUUCGCCACUGUAUGUUUGUUUUGUUUAGUCCCAAACCUCAACGAACGAGGAGCCGGUUCUGGUACUUGCCCUUUGGUUUCCCCUAACGUGAUACCGGACGUGGGGGCCAGGUGGCCUCUCCCAGACCAGACACCCAGCCUCCCCGAGGACGCCGGGCCGCUCUGCCUGACAUCGAUGCUGUCGGGGGUCAGAGCCUGGAGGCACGUGGGCCGGCCCUCCGGGAGCCCCCCUCCGGGAACCGACUUCCCCCAACAGGGCUGUUUGGAUUCGCCCCCAACCAGCCAGGGGUUUCUUGCAAUUCAUAGGGAAACGAAGAUUCGACGCCGUGUACAGCACGCGAUACUUGCAGAGCGGAGGUCCGAGAAGCUGCAGUGUUUAUUGUGCUUUCUUUCGCUUAUUCUCUGGCGCCUAGAGAGGGAAGGCCAGCCCUGGCUCGUCUCGGAAGCUCCUGAUCGCCGGAGCACUGGGCUCCGUAGAGGCGACUGUAGCUAUUCCCACGUUCUGUAUUCUUCUGCCUCUCUUCCUGCCUCUCGUGUACUUAAGAGCUUGAAGGACAAGCGGGUGGCUCCUCACUGGGCUUCUGUCUCUCCUGCUGAUGCUCACAUCCAUGGAUGACCAACCGCCCUGAGUGUGGUUCCCGAGCAAAGAGACCAAAGCGCCACGCCCUGGUCCCAAGGCUCCGUGAAAGGCAAUGGGAGGCAUCCCAGGGACAGCCCCUCGGCUGGUGCAGGACCCUGGUGACCGGACAGGCCUCCCGCCCCGGCAAGGAGCCAAGCUGUCGGCUCCAGCCUCUCUGCAGCAGGCAGCAUGGGAGCGAGUGGGAUGGAGGACAAGACAAAGGCAAAGGGGUGGGGAGGGGGCAGCAGGAGAGGACCGGCCUCCCCAUCCCACCUUCUACUUAACAGGGGCCUGAAAUGCUGGGAAAGCGGACUUGCCCCCCACCCACCCCGGGAGACCAGACCAGGGUCACUUCCUCUGUAAUUAACUUGGGCCCCGGCUUCUCUGCGCCCUGCUUUACCUCCAGACACUUCCCAUUUCCAAAGGCUCUGCUGACCACACUGGAUUCCAGGAAAGGGCUGGGGGGCUCUGAGGAUUUGGGUCUCCGUACUAACCACGCAGCAGACACCGCCUGGUGGCCUCAGCUCCAGUGUCUUGCCUGAAUGCGGCUGACAAGUGGGAAGAGAAAGGCAUUCAGCAAAAUACUCAGGAAACUCGCUGUUUUCAUUCUAAUUCACAACCAGCCAUGCCAAGGCCUCUUUCUUCUGAUAAUCCACUUCUGUUCAAGUUUCUUUGGGGCCUGUUAAGAGCCUGAAAUACUAAUGACUGGCCUUGUGCACUAAGCCAAAGCGUUUGUCCUUCCUGUAGCACCCAAAACUCGGCAGCUCAGAGCCCGUGGUUUACGGAGCUGAAAGGCCAGGCAAGAUGGGCUAGAGGAAUGUGAGCAGGGGCCUUCCGGCUGCCCGCUAAAACGUGAAGCCCACCGUCAUCUUGUUCCGAGCUCCAGCAAAGCUUUUCUGAUCACACCACUGCUCAGAUGGGACUCCCGGACUUCGAUCCACCAAGAAGUCAAAGUUAAGGUGUCUCAGCUGCAUCUUAACCAACCCUUACCGCUAUGCAUCCUGCUAGGGGUCCCCCCGCAGCUACCUUGAGGGACCAUUCGCUGCCCCUGAGGGUGCUUCCCUGCAGGUUUGGGGGAGAGGAGAGAAUGUUGGGGGGAUGGCCACUUGGAGAAGAGAGGCAGCAGAGCUGGUGUGAGCGCUUGGCCACAUUUCUCAGGAUUCCAGAAGAGAGGGGGGGAGUGGGGGCUGGCAGAGGAGGUGGCACAGAGGCUCCGGUAAGGAAGAAGUUAAGGUCAAGGACGACUUGACUGGAUUCAAGUCAGGCCCUGAGGGUGAAAGGUUACAGAGCCUCGCUCGGCUUUGGGUCACCGUGAGCCCACACCUGUGGAUUGGGAGGAGAAGGACUUGGCCUGUCGGCACCCUUAUCCAACGUGAAGAUAUUUUGACCUCGCGUGGGGAGGAAAUAAUAAAGUCACAGCCCCCGAGCCCCCCCACCAUGAAGCCAUCCGUUUUGGAGGGAGGUAGAGAGGGACUUCUCUCUCAAAGCUUGAUCCAGCUUCGUUUUAUUUCAUGGAUCUGAACGAGAGACGAUUCUCUGGACAAAGGGGAAGAAAGGCACCCCAGGAAUGUGCCGGGCAAGACAGAGCAGGCCCGCGGACAAGAGGGAGAUGGACAGGCUCUCCGUCGGGGUGGAGGGGUCCCUCCAGCGGGCCUGCGGCAGCCGCCCACCCUCCACAGGGGGCAGGUGGUCCCCUCGCUUUCCCACCUCCCCACAGCGCAUCUCAGAACCUCUGCUGACCCACCGCUGGCGCGCGGCGAGCUCCCCCUCCUUCGAAAGUUGUGUUUAAAAAGCUCGGAGCAACCGGAAACCUCACUCACAGGAGGGAGCUGUUCCAACAUCCAUCCGUUCAUUCGGGACCUUUGUGCAGUGACGUCCUUGGCGGAGGCCCUGCUCCAGGUGCUGAGAAACAGCAAUGGACGAGAUUAAGAAGGACCUUCUAGCAACUCGGCAUUCUUCGGGCUGCUGGUUCCUGCUCACCAGCUCAGCCGGAACCACUCCCCUCCCCGGCCUGCGGAGGACGGGAGUUCUGUAGAAAAGGGAACCAGAGGAAGGAAGAAAGCCAGCCAAUGCCGCUGCCUUACCUCAUGCCGGGGACAGUCGUCACGCUGUGAGAGCCUCUCUCCGCCCCCUGCCACCGUGUCUCCUGGUGGCACUUCCCCCACUGCUUAAGCUCCUGCCUUUCUUUCAUUUCUACCAAAUGAGGACAAGCAAUAGCAGUCGAGGCCCCCGGCCCGCGGAGCGUGAAGCAGAAGCGAUGGAAGGGUGGGCUACACUGCAGUGGUCGGGCCGGAGAGGGAGAGUGUCCGAAAGCCUCUGGCUGAUGGGUCUCCAGGUGCAUCCCAGCCACUACCCCUGCCCCCGUUAACCCGCGGGCAGCACCUGCUCCCAGGCAUGCGGUGUGCGGCCUGAAGCUCCUGGGGCCUGGCCAUGGACUGGAAAGACCUGAGCCUCGGCGGCCAGGGCUCCCCCAGAGAGAAAAGGCCAGGGAGCCUUCUGGACACAGGGCCGUGAAAGCAGAGCCCUGGCCGGCGACUUGGGAGAUGACGUUCAGGGCCUCCCGGCGCCUCAUCUUAGGAACAAGCUUUGAGACGACGGCGGCAUCCUCGUCAUCACUCCGUCUCUCUUCCCACCUCUCUCCUUUCUUCUGGUCGCCCUUCUGCCGCAGUGUUCGCCCUGGGGCUCAGCGAUGCUGGGGAUGGAGGACAACAUGUCACCUUUGCUAUUGAGGGGCGGUCCCGGGAGGCAGGGCCUCGGCCCAUCAGCAAACUGGAGUCUGGGCCUUUCGUGGACACACCCAGCACGUUCCCUCACCUUAAAGGGACUCCACCCUCCGACGGGUCUGCAGGGCUGCCUGCCCCCCGAACCUCGCCUCAGGGGUGAUGGGAGGCGCCCUCUGGAUUUCAGUCGAGGCCGUGCCUCUGGCCUCCUGGGCUGUCAUGUUGGCGUCACAGGUGGAGAACACCGUGGAGCCUAGUUUCCUACAGGCAGAUGUUCCUGGGUGUUUCUGGGAGGGAGGGACAAGCCCUCUACACCCUGAGACCAGGGGACCUCAGCCCACAUGCCCCUCCCUCAACUUCCACCCAAACCCAUUCUUCUUACACUGGAAACUGUAUUAUAUAUAUAUAUAUAUUUUUUUUUAAAAGCUAGAAGGAUAGUUGUCUGCUUUUGUUGUUUUUACAGGUGUUGUGGAAUAAAAACUGUAAGAAAAUUAAGUAUUUAAAACGUUCCAAUAAAAUGGGGUUUUUUGGUUAUUCUAAUAUAUUAUUGUGUACCUAUUGUAAAUACGAAACACUCCUAUUUUGCAAGCCAAGGACACAAUUUGUACUGUUGUUAUAUAUAAAUAAAGUUUACUGGAUUAAAAAAAAACUUAAAUCUUCAAA